GGUUGGGCCUGCAAAGAAAACCUCGACACAAAUUGCGCACUAAAUUUUCCUUACCCGUAUCGAGGAAAACAAACAGAUUCGAGCACAGUUCGUUCGUGAAAAACCACAAAACGCUUACAAUGACUAUUCUGGCGAAACUGAGGGGCGAACCCAAGGACCAGGAGAAGGUGCCUCUGCCAAUGAAUCUCAAUGAUGAGGCUCUGCUGCACCAUGGCUCGCUAAUCGCUCCCAAAGGUGCCUACAACGACUCCGAGGCCGAUGCCGAGUCAAUGGUCUUCAAUCGGCCGCAGCACCAUUGCCUCAAGUCCUUCUUGCUCUUCCUGAUCGCCAUGGUGGUCAUGAUGAUGGGAGUGCUUGGCGGCUGGACCCUCUACAGGCUGUACGCCCCACCCCAUGCUAACAUGCGCUACCACGCCCUUUGCGAGAUUCCGUAUCCCGAGGACUCGAUCGAGAUGCCACGCUUCUAUCCACGCAGCGACGAUGGGUUCGCCCAGAUCAACUGGCGGGCUCUGUUGCCGCAGUUCAGUGGCGCCAGCCUCACCGACGGCACUGGCCUGGAGCGGCGAUUUGGUGACGAGGACAACUUCUUCCGCGAGGAGAUUGAGCUGGACAGCAGCGAUGAGGAGGGAUACGCCAAGAUUGAUGUGCCCGAUUUCAAGGACGGACGCCGCGGCCGAUUCAUGCACGACUUCAAGGAGAACCAGUCGGCCAUCAUUGACACCACCACCAACCGGUGUUUCAUCAUGCCCCUCGACCGGGAGACCACUCUGCCGCCCACCAGCUUCGUCGAUCUGAUGAAGAAGAUGGGCACCGGAUACUACAACAUUGACACGGAGCGAGUCCGCCGCAACAUGCGCGUGAUCACGCCCCGCAUCACCGAUCUCUCGCUCAUCUCGGAGCGCAUUGCCAACGAAUGUUACGACAUGAAGGUCUACAUGAUGGAGAAGUUCAUCUCUGGCGUGUCCAAGCGGUCGGCCGAUCCUCUUCCGGAUGCCGGAAAGUAUGCCGCAUUCAUGGGCAAGGGAGUCAUCGAGUAUGAUCUGUCCAACAUAGCCGAGGUUGAGGCCUACGAGGCGAGCGAGGCCGCACAGCAGCAGGUGGCCUGAGAAGCUAAGGCGCGAACCUUUUAAGCUACACUACAUAUAAAAUAACAAACCUAAACAAAUUAUUAAUUAGAAUUGAUUUAUAUAUAACGAUGAUCGAUCUGUUUGUAGUCGCCAGUUUGAGGAAAAUGCUUAUAAAUCAGGUUAAAACACGGACAGGCAGGUCUGCAGCCACAGACAACCGAUCAGAACAGAACCGAACCGAACAGAGCAGAACAGAAAAGUGUAUAUCCAUUGGCCAAUCGAUGACUCUGCGAGCGCGUAAGAGGUGCGGGUGAAGCGCUCGUGGGAUCUCGCAAGAGUUUUUAGCAAAUCAUAGACCGUACGUGUACGUACUACGUAGUAAAGAAGCGAAAAAUGUACCUAGAACGCAAUCAAAAUGCGAUUGAAGAAAUUGUGACAAAUACGAAAGCAAUGAAUCAGCCAGGCAGUAGGAGAGUAGGGUAGGGUAGAGUAGGGAAUAUUUUGGGGCGGUACACACAUACGGAAAGGAAACAGUACCCCAUGUUUUCCGCAUCCGAACACUCCCUAUCCUGGAGUUCUUAAUAGUAAUACCCGAAACGAAAGAGGAAAACGACGCGCGACUAGGCAUAAUGCAUUCCAUUCCAAGUACAUAAUUUAUAUAGUAUAUGCUCUUUAACUAUCUAACAAUAUAUGUUUAGAACGAGAACACGAGAGAUCGACAGCUAUUUACAUACACAGUACUCGACUCACUCGACUCGUAUACAUAUGUGCAGCAAAGGCAGGACAGAGGGAAACAGACGAGAUCGAAAUCCGAACAAAAACUAUCAAAAGAAACAAACAAAAACAGAAACACUACUCUAAAUGUUCUUUAAAAUAUUUAAAUGUAUUAAACGCGAAUUUGUGAUCUUUAA